AUGCCUCGCCCUCUCGUCGUGGACAUCCAUACCCAUGUCUAUCCCCCAGCAUACAUGGCGAUGCUCCGCGCUCGCAAAACAGUCCCCUACAUCCACGAUCCACCUACUGGGGAACCACGCCUGAUCAUCCUCUCAUCAGACGACGACCCUGCAAUCCCAAUUGACCAGCGCGGCCGCCCAGUCGACUCAUCCUACUCAGACACCAACGUCAAGCUAACGUUCAUGAAACAGCAUGGUAUCAACAGCAGCGUAAUUUCCCUCGCGAACCCAUGGCUAGAUUUCCUCGAGCCAGCCGAAGCCCAGACAUGGGCUCAGCGGAUCAAUGAUGAUCUAGAAGAGACCUGCGCGCAGGUCAAUGCCAGUUCUGAUGCGACCUUGCCGUUGAAGGAAAGGUCGACUCUGUUUGCCUUUGCGGCUUUACCACUAAGCGCGCCCGAUCCCGAGAUCAUUGUCAAUGAGAUCAAAAGACUGAAAACUCUACCUCAUAUUCGUGGUGUGAUCAUGGGGACUUCGGGGCUGGGAACUGGUCUUGAUGAUGAGCGACUUGGGCCUAUUUGGGCUGCUCUGGAGGAAACGCAGAUGCUUUUGUUCUUGCAUCCUCAUUAUGGUCUUCCCAGUGAGGCGUUCGGUGGUUCGGAGGCGAUGAAUCGCUACGGUCAUGUCCUUCCUUUGGCUUUGGGAUUCCCGCUUGAAACUACCAUCGCUGUCACUCGGAUGCUGUUAUCUCGUGUCUUUGAUGAGUUCCCGCGGUUGCAGAUAUUGUUGGCGCAUUCGGGUGGCACUUUGCCAUUCUUGGCUGGGCGUAUUGAAAGUUGUAUCAUGCAUGAGCGGAAGUUUGCUGAAAAUGGUGGUGAUGUUCCCGGGCCGCAGAGGAGUAUUUGGGAAGUUCUGAAGACGAACAUCUUCCUUGAUGCGGUGGUUUAUGGAGUCGCUGGCUUGAAAGCGGCAGUAACAGUUGGUGGAGGCUCUGAUCGUCUGAUGUUUGGCACGGAUCAUCCGUUCUUCCCUCCUCUGGAUGAAAGAGAAAAGGAGUGGCUUAGUGUCACAACUAACUAUAACGCAAUUGAGGAGAACUUUGGCGGGGAUAAGGAGGCUGUGACUGCUGUUUUGGGUGGAAAUGCUGCUCGUAUUCUGAAUCUCGAGUAA